GACGCCUUCAUUCUCGAUGCCGGCCAGGCUGGGAUAUUCGUGUGGAUCGGUAAGGAGUGUACCCUUGAAGAACGAGCAAAAGCGUGGACCAUUGGAGAGAAUUUUGUCAAAGAACACGGUCUACCCGAGUGGACCACGGUGACACGAGUACUGGAAACUGCCGAGCCAACAUCGUUCACACAAUGGUUUGACGAAUGGGUGGAUAGCAAGUCCCAUAAGGCCUUCCAACCACGUCUUUAUCAGGUGUCCGAUAAGUCCGGAGGGAUUGUCGUCGAAGAAAUCGCCAAUUUUACUCAAGAGAAUCUCGAUGGCGAUGAUGUCAUGAUAUUGGAUGCUCUGAAUCGUAUUUAUGUAUGGGUUGGAGAGAAUGCUAGCCAAAGUGAGAAGCAGAAUGCUGUCUAUACUGCCGAGGGAAAAGAAACUCCCGACUUCAAGAAAUUAUUCCCGAAAUGGAGCGAAGCAAUGUUUAGAAUUGGUGAACGCUCUGUGGAAAAUAUGAGAAAAUUGCUGUUCGAAUGA